UAAGUGGGAGACUUAUGCCACGUUUUAUUUUACGAAAUACUGAUAGUGAAAACAUACCUGAAGUUUUAAUCUGUCAUUCAAGGAAUUUCAGAUGACUCCUCAAUCUAUUUAUCCGCCUUGAAAUUGUUGUUUUUGUUAAAACUUAGUGUAAAACAGUGAAAGAGUCCCAACAUGGCAGCACAAGUACAAGCUUUAUAUGACUUCUCUGGUGAGCCCGGCACCACGGAGAUGUCCAUCACGGCCGGGGAGGUGCUCACACUCAUCAACACCGAGAUAGGCGAAGGCUGGUGGGAGGGGAAGAACUCUAAAGGAGAAACUGGUCUUUUCCCAGCUGCAUAUGUGCGGAAACUAACUCCCGAUGAAGUCACACAAACUAAAGCUGCACCUCCAGCCCCUCGCUACGACCAGGCGGCCGACGAGUGGGGAGACCAGGCCUACAGUGCGGGAGACAACAACUACAAGCGCACAGCCUCUAAUGAUGACGGCUGGGACGAUGACUGGGAUGAUGACACUUACUCGGAGAUAGGUCCGGCCAACCAACAGGCUAAGCCAGCCCACCAGCAGCAGCAGCUCACCCCGCUGCCGGGCAUGCCCAUCAGUGAGUACAGCAACCAUCAGUUCGAUGACACCGCCUCUAGCUAUGCAUCACAAGUAGGUACCGUAAGAAAAAGUAAAUUUGCACCAUCUUCAAAGGUCAGUGGUGAGAGUUACCUUCUUGGCACCCUUAAUGUUGAAGUACCAGACUCCGAAAAAGUGUACAUAGUUCAGGAGGAAGAAGGGUAUGCCUGGUCGCCCAUACCAAACCCAUUUUCAGUCACAGUUGCAUCACCUAAAAAGGAAUCCAAAUUCAAAGGAAUAAAAAGUUUCAUAGCCUACCAGCUGACUCCAUCAUUCAACAACAUUCAAGUGUCAAGGAGAUACAAACACUUUGAUUGGCUACAUGAAAGGUUACAAGAGAAGUUCACAUUGAUUCCCAUACCACCGCUGCCAGACAAACAAAUAUCUGGCAGAUAUGAUGAACAAGUGAUUGAGCGUAGAAGAAUUCAACUGCAAGAAUUUGUUGAUUGGAUGUGCAAGCACCCUGUACUGUCGAAAUGUGAGGUGUGGCAACAUUUCUUAACUUGCACAGAUGAAAAGCGCUGGAAGGCAGGCAAGCGACAAGCCGAGAAAGACAAUUUACUUGGGCUCAAUUACUGCAUAUCACUAGUAGUACCUGAGAAAGCUUUACUUCAAUCCCAGGUGGAUCAAGUUACUGAGCAGUGUCAUACAUUCAUCAACAGUAUGGACACUUCUGUUAAGAAUAUAACAAGCAUGUGCCUAGCGCAAACCAAGAGGUGCCAGGGGCCCUACAAGAGUGACUGUCAGAAGGUGGGUGAAGCAUUUUAUAGUUUAGGCAAUGCACUGGGCUUAGACGAAGGUACGAUGGUAUCGCGCUCCAAGCUGACAUCAGCUAUAAAGAUGACCGGUGGUGCUUACAUAGAGAUAGGCAGGAUGUAUGACGAGCAGCCGAAGUACGACUGGGAGCCGUUGGGGGAUAAGUUUCAUUUGUACAAAGGGAUUGUGGGGAGUUUCCCCGACGUGCUCGCCAAUCACAAGGGAGCGGUACAGAAGAAGCGCGAGUGCGAGCGGCUGACGGCCGAGCACAAGAUGGAGGUGGCCCAACUGAAUGAGGUGCUGCGCAGGACCGACGUCAUCUCCUACGCUCUGCUCGCCGAGAUCAACCACUUCAAAGUCGAACGGACGGAGGACCUUAAAGCCACUAUGCAGAAAUUUUUACAACAACAAAUCAUGUUUUACAAACGAGUCGUUGAUAAGCUAGAGAAUACACUACAUCUAUACGAUGAUUAAUGUGGAACCGUAAAUGUAAUACAAAAGUACGUAGUUUUCUAUGUCGUAUUUUAAGAGGGAUCAUUCUUGUCAACUUUUCCAAAUUAUAUGUAUAUUAUUAUGCGUAAAAUCUAUCAUGUAUGCAACUAUCUACCUGUUUAGACUAUGUAAUCCAAAGGAAUAACUAACUUUUCUAUCCUAAUGAAUUUAACAUUGUGAUGAAAUACUGACUGAAAUUAACUAAAAAUGGUUUUAUACCAAGACUUUGUUAAUAUUUUCUGUACAUAGUUGUCGAUUACUUUGCAUUAUUACAAUUUUCACGAAGUAUUUUAGUAUAUUUUUUAUCUUUUUACAUUUAUUUUGAAUAUAGGUAGGUUCUAAUCUAAUCUGUAAAAUCUAUUAUUUUGAGACAAAUAUUAUCAAAUAUUUAAUUUCUUAAGUAUUUUAACAUAUUCAUUCCAUUUUGUAAUUAUAAUUAAGGCUUUAACAGCGAAUGAAUAAACACUAUAAUUCAUA